AUGGUGGACAGAGAGAUUUGGGACCGGGCCGAACCGAGCCAUCGCAGGCCGUGCCGGGAGUUGAGAGACAGCAGCACCCAGACUGACAGCAAAAUACAAGGCCAUGGCCCCAGGUUAUCACAGGUCAAUCUGUUCACUCUGCUGAGCCUGUGGAUGGAGAUGUUCCCUCAGGAGGACUCUGAGGAGGAUGACAAUAGCCAGAUCAGGAUGGCGGGGCUGGUGGUUGUGCGGGAAGGCAAGGUUUUGGGACUCCACUGUUCAGGAGCGGAGCUCCACGCCGGGCAGGCAGCCGUCAUCCAACAUGGUGCCCAGCUGGAGGACUGUCAGCUCUACUUCUCCAGGAGACCCUGUGCGACAUGCCUUAAAAUGCUAAUAAACGCUGGGGUCAGUCAGAUCUCUUUUUGGCCCGGCGACCCCGAGGUCAGCAUGCUGAGGUCCACGCUGACAAACCAUUCAAACUGCCACAGCCCCCCCCACUCCAUCCCAGAGGAAGCUGCACUGGACACUGUGGCCACAGAGAAGCUGAAGUCCAACAGCCGGCCUCACAUCUGUGUGCAGCUGCAGCCGCUGGUGCCUGGUCUGGGGCAGUUUGUGUACGAGUCCUCCAGAGAUUGUGAUUUCAUGGAGAAACUGCCUCAUUACGACCACCGAUUAACCAGAGAGGAACUCUUCAACAGAGAACGAAUAAGACACCUUAGAGAUUUUUCCAGACGGUUCCUGGUAGGUACAUGUCAGCAGCACAAGGACAUUUUGAUCCAAAUGGACCUGGAGAACUUCUGUGUGGAGCCCUACUUCUCCAACCUGAGACACAACAUGAGGGAGCUGGUGGAGGUUCUGGCUGCCGUGGCUGCUGGCGUUCCUCAGACAAGCUAUGGCUUCUACAGAGAACAGCGGGCACCUUCACUGCCCCCCCACCAGGAGGGAGCGUCCCAGGAGGAGGCUCGCCACUGCAUCAUCCAGGCCAGGCUGCUGGCGUACAGAACAGAGGACCCAAAGGUGGGAGUGGGUGCUGUUAUCUGGGCAAAAGGAAAGUUGACCGGCAGCAGGGGAACCGGGUGUCUGUCUCUGGUGGGCUGUGGGUACAACGCUUACCCUGCAGGCUCAAAGUAUGCCCAGUAUCCCCAAAUGGACAACAAGCAGGAGGACCGCCAGAGACGCAAAUAUAGAUUCAUUGUCCACGCGGAGCAGAACGCCCUCACCUUCAGGACGCGGGACAUCAAACCAGAGGAGGCCACCAUGUUGUUUGUAACUAAAUGUCCGUGUGAUGAGUGCAUCCCCCUGAUCAGAGGAGCUGGGAUCACACACAUCUACACCUCAGACCAGGACAGGGACAAAGACAAGGGGGACAUCUCCUAUUUGAAAUUCAGCAGCCUGAAGGAUGUCAGCAAGUACAUAGUGAGUACACUUUAA